CAGUCGGGUUGGCAGCAGAGUAGGUAGCCGUGAAUCUGCAGUGGGUUGCUGGCCGACCAAUACGAUUCCAUCUGCCAGGUAGGGUGCGCGACAGGCCCGCGCCGGAGGAUGCCGCUUCGCUUGUCUCCGAGUUUGAAGUGGUCCAAGGAGCCAGUGCCUAGCCGUUGUCCGCACAUGCAGCCCCUAGCUGUUGCGGUCACAUUUUGCGAGAUUGAUGGGGGACCGGACCGGAUUUCAUAAGCCUGGUGCUUUUUCGGCUGACUCUGCCUACCGGCCCAAUGCUCACACUCCUUACUGUUCUUUUUCUUUUUCUUUUGACAUUUCUAUGCAUUCCCUCCUUUAACAAGAUACAUACUCUUCAAUAUAAUCCUCUGGCUUUUUUCGCAGUCUCAAGAUGGAAUGGCCUCUUCACAAAACCCCAUUCAUUUCUCCUCUGGACAAGUCUUUGGCAUUCGCCCCCUCGGCAAAGGGAUGUCACUGUCGAAUGAUACGGGUGGUGGGCGACCACGUUCAACGUUUUGAUCUCAACACCCCUGAUGAUUGGGACGAUGCCUCUUUACUUAUUAAUGACUCUGGAAACGGGUUGAACAUCAUAAUGAUGCCUCCUUCUAGCCCUAGUAAUAUGUGGUGGCUUCCGAUUCGGCAAGAUCAAUGGUGCAAGCUCGUGGAAAGGUUUCGCCUACCACACAUAUUCUGCCUCAAGAACCUCGUCAAGCAACUGCCCAGCAUCACAUGUUUCACCUGCCCCGAUCCCUCCGGACCCUCCCAAGCGGACGAGAAGCUCUUCAUGUCCAUGGCUGCCACCUCGGCCAGCUACGUUGAAGUCCCCGGCGGUUGGCAACAGUUGGCCAUGUGCUCCACUCACUGGGUUUCCAGGAAACUGACCCACGGCCUCUUCACCUCCCUCGACGACGAGCAGAUGGACAAGGUCGAGAAGCUUUUGCAGAGCGCCGUGUCGGAAGGGGUCGCCGAGCAUCCCUGUCUCGCCCUCGGCAUCAGCAUGGAGCUCAUGCUGCAACGCCUGAUGGGGCUCGAGAGCAAUCUCCUCCAAAGAUCUGCGGAUAUGCAAUUUCCACUCCGCAAGUUCUCCCCUCAGAACAUGACGCGCCACAACUAUCUCGACACCAAGUAUCUGGACUGGGUCUACAUGGUUCGGCAGCACAGCGACAUGGUCCUGCAGGAGAUCUCGGCCACAAAACGGCACCUGAUCAAAGCCCUCGAGCGCUCCUCCCCGUCUGCGUGGAGUGGUGACGCUGGCUUGCGAGAGAAGGUUGUAGACACUCGCUUCCGUCACCGGUUCGAGGAUAUCCUGAUGGAGCUGGACGACUUGAGCAGUAGAGUUCAAUCUUCGUUGGACUACCUGAUGCAGCAGGUCACCAAGGUGAAUUCUAUGUUUACACAGCACGAAGCCAUGUCGAGCGGCAUGAAUGCUGAGAAUGGCAGGCGAAUAGCCUUUAUGGCCCUCCUGUACCUUCCCAUCUCUGCCGUUGCUGCCAUUUUCGCCAUGCCCAUCUUCAAAUUCGAAAACGAUUGGAGGGACAUAUACCUGCGACCUGUACCACGAUCCAAAGACGAUGAAGUUUCAGGCGGGAUGCCAGUCGUAUCGGGCUACAUAUGGUACUACGUCGUCAUCUCGUUGGUGUUGACAUGCGUCACCACUGCAAUCCUACUUUUUGGACACCGCCUCAAGCGUCGACAGGACCGCAGGACCGAGGGCGUCACUCUAGGUGCUGUCAAAGCUGGCAAAAACAACUCAACUGCAUUAACCAUCGCCCAGAAUCUACAAAAGGCCAAAAGUUAUUGGAGCAUUGUUUGAAAAGGGGCGCGAUGCAUACUGGUUUACGUUCUUUAAAAACUAGGAAGCCUCAUGUCUUUGGUAGAAUUACGUAUGGAUACCAUAUGUCUGACAGAAUUACAAAUUCUUCGGGUAGGAACAGCACUGGUAUGGGAAGCGUUGUAGACAAAGCGUAUUUUGGCUUUAUUGUUGAGAGUUUCAGUUCAUUCGAUUCUCUCCAACUGUUAACUUUUAUCAGGCCCUUGAAGCUGCGAUAGCCACUGCCCAAACGAAACAAAAACAAGUCGAAACCAGAGUUGCUAUCCAAGACUGCAAGACAUAGCCGGAAACAGGAGCAAAGAAAAAAAGAAGAAAAAAAAGCAAAAAAGAAAACAAAAGACCA